CGGGCGGCGCUGGGACCCGGACGCCACCCGCGCGAGGCGCCGCCGUGCGCCCGUCAAUCAAGGUCGUCGUGGGGCAUGGGGCGGCGGGGCUGGGCGGUGCUUCCGCCUGCGCGAGGCCGCGCCGGGCCGCUUGGAGGCGCCCGGUGCAGUCGGGAACCCGCGCUAGGUGUCGCCGGCCGCGCGGCCAGAUGAGGGGGGCGAUGGAGCUGGAGCCUGAGCUGCUGCUGCAGGAGGCCCGCGAGAACGUGGAGGCAGCGCAGAGCUACCGGCGGGAGCUGGGUCACCGGCUUGAGGGGCUGCGGGAGGCGCGGAGGCAGAUCAAAGAAAGUGCAUCACAGACAAGGGAUGUUCUCAAACAGCAUUUUAAUGAUUUAAAGGGAACCCUUGGAAAGCUCCUGGAUGAGCGAUUGGUGACCCUUUUGCAAGAGGUGGACACCAUUGAACAGGAGACCAUUAAACCACUAGAUGACUGCCAGAAGCUCAUAGAACACGGAGUCAACACUGCAGAGGACUUAGUCCGAGAAGGUGAAAUCGCCAUGCUUGGUGGUGUGGGAGAAGAGAAUGAGAAACUGUGGAGCUUUACCAAAAAGGCCUCGCACAUUCAGUUGGACAGCUUACCAGAAGUACCUUUACUGGUUGAUGUGCCUUGUUUAUCUGCUCAGUUGGAUGACUCAAUUCUUAACAUAGUGAAAGACCACAUUUUUAAGCAUGGAACAGUAGCAUCUCGCCCACCAGUACAGAUAGAAGAACUAAUAGAGAAACCUGGAGGCAUCAUUGUACGAUGGUGUAAGGUGGAUGAUGACUUUACAGCCCAAGAUUACAGGCUCCAGUUUCGUAAAUGUACUUCAAAUCAUUUUGAGGAUGUAUAUGUAGGUUCUGAAACUGAAUUCAUAGUAUUGCACAUAGACCCCAACGUUGAUUACCAGUUCAGAGUCUGCGCCCGAGGAGAUGGCCGACAGGAGUGGAGUCCUUGGAGUGUCCCCCAGAUAGGUCAUUCCACAUUGGUGCCUCAUGAGUGGACAGCUGGUUUUGAGGGGUACAGUCUGAGCAGUCGAAGAAAUAUAGCACUCCGGAACGAUUCUGAAUCAUCGGGUGUUCUCUACUCCAGAGCUCCGACUUAUUUCUGUGGGCAGACAUUAACAUUCAGAGUUGAAACUGUGGGACAGCCAGACAGAAGAGAUAGCAUAGGAGUGUGUGCAGAAAAACAGGAUGGAUAUGACUCUCUCCAGCGGGAUCAAGCUGUGUGCAUUAGUACAAAUGGUGCAGUUUUUGUCAAUGGAAAAGAAAUGACAAAUCAGUUACCCGCAGUUACUUCUGGGUCCACUGUCACGUUUGACAUUGAAGCCGUGACUCUAGGAACCACCAGUAAUAAUGAAGGUGGACACUUCAAGCUUCGAGUAACUAUAAGUUCAAAUAAUAGAGAAGUGGUUUUUGACUGGUUACUUGAUCAGUCUUGUGGUUCUCUUUACUUUGGAUGCUCAUUUUUCUAUCCUGGAUGGAAAGUGUUAGUGUUUUAGAUGUUUGGGUGCUUGGCUUUGGUUUUCAGGGUCUAACGUAGCUGUCCUCAGCCCAGUGUAGUUGUAAUUGCUUUAAAAAAAAGUUGAAUUCAUCUCUAACUUAGGCCAUUGGAAAUGGAAAGUGUUUACUGGAUUCAUUUUGUAAUAUUUUAGCAAAAAGAGACUUGAAUGUUGUAGACAAAAUCAUACAAUUCAGUCAAUUUUAUUUUUAGCAUACUGUUAAAUAUCACAUCGCAAUAAAAAUCAAAUUGGCAUUAAAAGUAUAGAAGAUAUAGAAAGUUCUAUACCCUUCCACUGUACUUCUUAAAGUUGGUUAUUAGACCAGGAAAACUUAAUGUAAUAUUAUUUUUAAAAUCAUCUUAAAGGAUCCAAGUCCAUGUAACUCUUUAGAACAAGAGGAAUAGAUCAGAUAGAAGAAGCUGUGUAAUGUAUUAAUACAUCCGUUCAUGUGCUGUCCACAUGAAUGUGUUGACUGUGCUCUCCAUGUUCAGGUAUUUGUAAGCAGUGUUGACUUUUAUCCUAUCUUCAGUAAUCUUUAAGUCCCCAAAACAUUAUAAUUUUUUUUUUGUUGAGACGGAGUCUCACUCUUGUCACUCAGGCUGGAGUGCAGUGGUGUGAUCUCAGUUCACUGCAACCUCUGCCUCCCACGUUCAAGCAAUCCUCCUGCCUCAGCCUCCUGAGUAGCUGGGAUUACAGGUGUCUGCCACCACGCCUGGCUAAUUUUUGUAUUUUUAGUAGAGACAGGGUUUCACCAUGUUGGCCAGGCUGGUCUUGAACUCCUGACCUCGGGUGUUCCACCCACCUCAGCCUUCCAAAGUGCUAGGAUUACAGGCGUGAGCCACUGCAGUGGGCCAAUUUUUGUAUUUUUUAAAAUGCUUGACCAAGUGUCUAAAAUAGGCAAGUAGUAGUACCUUUUGUUCUUUCAUUGCAAUUUGAUUCAGUAUAGGCUACAGUAUUUUUACAGGGUAAAACUACUUAGGGCAGUAGUAUGCACAGCAGUGUUAGCCAUUUCAUAUGUAUGUAAUAUGCACAUGUGUGUAUCCAAUCUGCCUGUGACAUGCAUUUUACUCUUUGCAGAGAAUGAGCUGCAGUCCAGUUUAAUGUCAGUUUGAUAAGUGGUCUCUUUUUAGCAGAGCAAAAAAAUAUAGCGUAAAUACUUAUUUUAAAAACUUAAAUUUGUGUGUAAAAUAUUUAUUUGAAGGACUUCAAUAUGUAAAAAUAAUUGUCUUCUAUGCCAGCCUACAGAUUUUAUUUUAAUGUGAAUUAUUUUUUUCAUUUUUACCAGUAGUAAAAAAGUAGAAAAGUAUGAUAUUUUUGUAAGAUAAUUUAUUUGGGGAUUCAUGUUCCCUGUUAGACAAUCAUGACCUUUUCUACUUGUCUUUUUAUAUAUAAGUAGUAGAUUUCCACUUGUUUAGGGAUUAAGAAGAUGUUCUAGAAUGUAGAUACCUUGUCCAGCCAUAGGAAUCAAAAUAAAAAACUAAAAAAGUUCA